UAUAUUCCCUCAAAAAAAAAACAAAGACUCGAUUAAAAAAAAGGAAGAUUAGAGAGGAAAGGAGGAGAGAAGUAGACGAAACCUUAUCGGUGAUGGGCCAAGCGCCGUCGUCUACGGCGGAAUCGAACGGAAGAGAGGUAGAUCUCAGGCUAUGGUCUGUGUCUCCGUUGAUUAUCAGUGGUGGAGAUUCGAUGGAUUCGGGGAAAAACGAUCGUGAUUAUACUUUAGAUCUACCAGACGAGUGCUUAGCUCACGUGUUUCAGUACCUCGGAGCUGGAGAUCGGAAACGAUGCUCUCUCGUUUGUAAACGGUGGCUAUUCGUCGACGGUCAGAACCGUCACCGCCUAUCGCUCGACGCUAGAGCUGAGAUCUUCUCGUUUCUAACAUCGAUGUUCGAUCGGUUCGAUUCGGUGACGAAGCUCGCUCUCCGAUGCGAUCGGAAGUCCGUAAGCUUGAGCGACGAAGCUCUGGUGGUAAUCUCCGUUCGCUGUUUGAAUCUGAGCCGCGUGAAGCUUCGUGGCUGCCGCGAGAUCACGGAUCUGGGGAUGGUGGAGUUCGCUAGGAACUGUAGGAAUCUGAAGAAGCUUUCCGUUGGAUCUUGCAACUUCGGAGCGAAAGGCGUCAACGCUAUGCUUGAGCAUUGCAAGCUUCUUGAGGAGCUGUCGGUGAAGAGGCUCAGAGGGAUUCACGAGGCAGCUGAGCUGAUUCACCUGCCGGGAGAUGGUUCGUCUUCUUCAACGCUUAGAUCUAUUUGCUUGAAGGAGCUUGUUAAUGGUCAGGUGUUUGAGCCUUUGGUUGCUAGUACUAGAACGCUGAAAACGCUGAAGAUUAUUCGUUGUUUGGGCGAUUGGGAUAAGGUUCUACAAAUGAUCGGUGAAGGAGAUAGCUCCUUGAGUGAAAUUCACCUGGAGAGGCUCCAAGUGAGUGAUUUUGGGCUUUCCGCGAUAUCGAAAUGCUCAAAGUUGGAGACUUUGCAUAUAGUGAAGACACCAGAGUGCUCCAACUUUGGUCUUAUUGAUGUCGCUGAGAGAUGUAAGCUGCUGAGGAAGCUUCACAUCGAUGGUUGGAGGACUAACAGGAUUGGCGACGAAGGUCUAGUGGCUGUAGCUAGACACUGCCUGAACUUACAAGAGCUUGUGCUGAUUGGCGUUAACGCAACGCACAAGAGUUUAUCAGCCAUUGCUUCGAACUGUGAGAAGCUCGAAAGGCUAGCGCUUUGCGGGAGCGGAACCAUAGGGGAUACGGAGAUCGCUUGCAUCGCUAAGAAAUGCGGGGCGUUGAGGAAGUUCUGUAUCAAAGGGUGUCCGGUUUCGGAUCUAGGGAUCGAGGCGCUCGCUGCUGGUUGUCCUAACCUGGUGAAGUUGAAGGUGAAGAAAUGCAAAGUGGUGACUGGGGAGAUUGGAGAGUGGCUUCGCGAACAGAGGAGGACGCUUGUGGUGAGUAUGGAUGGUGAUGAAACCGAAGCAACGGUAGCGGUUGAUGGUGAGAGUGAAACAGCGUUGGAGGAGUCUAGGGUGGGUCAAGCCGGUGGUGGUGUCCCAGAGAUCGUUGGUUCAAGUAACGGUGGCGGAAGCAACAAUGGAGGAAGUAGAUUAGCGACGAUUAGGUCAAAGUUCGGGUUCUUUACCGGAAGGAACUUAGUAAGUUGCAGAUUCAGGAGAUGGUCUCAUAAUGACAAUGGUUCUAGUUCUACUUGAUCAACUACUAUAUUAUAAAAGCCUAUAAAAACGAUAAUUGGCAAAAAAAAAAAAAAAAAAAACUUUCUACCUACUUUCUUGUUUGAUUUCUGUUUGUCUGUAAUCCUAUUUCAUGUCUGUGUGUGUAAGAAGAAGACUUUGUCAAUUAGAAAAGUCAUUCCAAGGAAGAAUGUUUAUUUGUUA